UUGGUGCGGAGACGGUCUCUUUUAGAAAUGGUGCUGCCACAGCUGUUUGAGAGAGCCAUGCUUCACUCGCUCAUCCUGGUGCUCAGCUGGACUGUGAUCUCUGAGGUUGUGAGAGCUCAGAAUGACACGGAGCCGAUUGUCCUGGAGGGCAAAUGUCUCGUGGUGUGCGACUCCAACCCGGCCACGGACUGGAAGGGCUCGUCCUCUCCGCUUGGCAUCUCGGUGCGCGCCGCCAACUCCAAGGUGGCUUUCUCUGCAGUCCGAAGCAACAACCAUGAACCAUCCGAGAUGAGCAACAAAACAAGAAUCAUCUACUUCGACCAAGUUCUUGUGAAUAUAGGAAACUACUUCACAUUUGAAUCAGUGUUUUUGUCACCAAGAAAAGGAAUCUACAGUUUUAACUUUCACGUCAUUAAAGUGUACCAGAGCCAAACCAUCCAGGUGAACUUGAUGUUGAAUGGGAAGCCAGUCAUCUCGGCCUUUGCGGGUGACAAAGACGUCACUCGCGAGGCAGCCACCAAUGGAGUUCUGCUCUACCUAGAAAAAGAGGACAAAGUCUACCUAAAACUGGAGAAGGGAAACCUAGUUGGCGGAUGGCAAUACUCAACAUUUUCUGGCUUCCUUGUUUUCCCCCUGUAAAAAAAAAAAAAAAAAGAAAAGAAUAAGAAAAAAAGAAAAAGAAAAGAAAAGAAGAUUAUGUGCUUACUGACUUUUUUCCACAAUGUGUUGUACACUGUAUAAUCAAAACAUUGCUGCAUCAGUUGGAUCUUGCCAAACGAUCGGGAAAGAUGGAUGGUGACGGAUCACAACAGAGAGAGGAAAGCAGACUUUGGGAAAAUGUUCACAUUCUCCGGAAAUGUCGAGUCCCCUCCCAGAUGAGAGAGACUUGAAGUGCUCCCUAUCGCCAUGUUCCUGUCACUCAAGCAGUCUAGGAGAGGAACACUAAAACAUCCCAAAAGUAUUUUUUCAAAUGCCAACUUCUUGGAAUAUGCUUAGCAUACUGAUAGUAUUUUUUUUUUCUCAUGGCAACCCUUGCAGUACAUCUUCAUCUUCGAGUACAUCUGCUUCCUGAGUGUAUAUAGCCUUGUAGUUCUUGAGUGACAUCUCAUCACCACGGCUUAAAAAUCACCCCGAACCAUUUUUAUGAAACUAGGUGGAUAGAACUAAUUAAGCUGACUCUUAUAAAAAGACAGAUUGAGGAAGGAGAGGGAAUACUUGCCUCUUGGUUGAUAACGUUAUUAGCGGUGGUGGCAGACUGCAUCCUGCUUCCUAGAAUUUAAACGUGACAUCGACCAGGGGGUGGCAAUUUGCUUUUCACCUUCGUGUAUUCACGGCAGAA